AUGAGCUCUUCUCGAAUACGAGCUUUGCUGGGUGCCCCCGAUAUCGAGCAGGCUAAACGAGAGGCUGUCCUUUACUUGAACGCCAACUUUCCCUCCUAUGACCAUCUUCAAGGCCUUGACGCCAAGUUUUGCGAAUCCGAGGUAUCAGAGGCUGAAUUGGCAUCUAACGUGCCUCAGCUCGCCUCGUCAAGCUCUACAGUCGACGCGCUGAUUGUAAAAGCAAAGUCUUCUGCUCACUCUUAUGUCGAGAUAGCUCAAAAUUUGUCUCUACUCCGUCACUCCCUCUCGGACGAGCUCGUCGAUCUGACCGACGGUCUCUCGUCAUCAAUGUCUAGCGAACCAGGCUCAUCUACAUUGCUUGAGGACAUUGAAACACUUCACCGGAACUUGGAUGAUUUACAAGGGGUAAAAGGAUACGCACAAGUUAUACAGCGUGCAUUGGAACUGAGGCGAGCCAUAUUCACCCUUCCUGUCAAAGCUCUCUCCACUUCUGCUCCGAUAACUACAUCCUCUGUCGCACAGUUUCAAACCCUCCAGGUUUUCGUGUCGAACGUUGCGGAUGCGUGCUCAUCUGUAGAAGAUGGGGCCGGAAAGCAAGACCUUCACCUUGUUGAGUUUCUACGACGAGUUCUAGAAAGGACAUGGGUUGACAUAAAGAAGUCCAUUUCGACGCCACUACUGGAUGCGGCCGAACAACUUAAAUGGCCAAUGACUGUAGACUAUGCGAAUGCCUCAACCGAUCAAAGAACGGCGUUCGAGCGUGCAUUUCUUCGUUUACUCCAGUUGCAGAAAGUCUCAGAAAUCAUCUCAAGUCCUUCAGGGUCGCGCUCCGAGAAGGAUGGUAUUUAUCCUUUGGAGAUUUUGGUGCAACCUGUCGCUCUGCGGUUCAAGUACCAUUUUGAGGGCACGCGACAAACCAACAGGCCAGACAAACCGGAGUGGUACUUUACCCAUAUCCUCAAUGUUGCUCACGACCAGCGAACGUUCCUUGAACAUGUCGUCCAGCUCCUGUUAAAUUCCGCAGAUCGCCAAACUAUCAAUGCAUGGAGAGAAUUUACCCGCCUUCUCCUUCCAAUUCUCACAAAUAAACUGCGGAGGACUGUACCAUCGCUUUUACCACAUCCUUCCUUACUCGCGCACACCAUCUACCAAGCCCUUCAGUUUGAUGCUGCCUUGAGGGAGGAAGGAUUUGAAUUAGAUGGGACUUUAGGUGACACUGUACCCAAAAGAGACGGUGUUGCAGGGGAGGCUUGGCCGGGCGUUUGCGAUGUUAUCCUCGGGAAGAAGGAGUGGUUUGACGCUUGGUUGGACGGUGAAAAACGAUUCGCGGAUAAUCAAUAUCAUGAUAUCAUCAGCGCUCCCGAUGCUUGGCAGAUUGCCGACGAUGAGCCUGAUGAAGUGGUCGUUGGGCAUGACCUUAAAACAACGAACUCUGCUCGUCGUCUGAAAGCUCUAAUAGAACAAAUUACCGAUCGUUACUCUCCACUCCCAAGUUUCCUACAUCGUACACGAUUCCUCCUUUCAAUGCAGACACCGCUUUUAGAGCAAUACUCGAGCCGAUUAACAUCAUCUUUGGAUGCGUACGAGACCCUUUCUUCCGCUCUUGUUCGUGCAGUCCCAGGAGCCUUGAGUGUUAGUCUGGGUAUGAAGGAAGAUCAUUCCUCCAGUGUCAAUAUUGAACAUGGGAGGUUCACAUCGGGUGUUGAAGGUGUGCAGAGGCUGUGCAAGGCCCUUCUCAGUUCUAGGUUUAUUGAGACUGCGAUGAAAGUUUGGGGAGAGGAUUUGUUCUUCCUCGAACUUUGGACGGAAAUUAAGCAGCGCCCAGCCCUGCGCGCUUUUGCCCAAGUAAACUCUGCCUUGCAUUCUUCGACAAACCAAGCCGAUGAUGAAUCGCAUGAUACGAUUUUUGAAACGUCGAUCGCCAGAUACGAGGAAGUCAGCCGUCGCAGUGAGGACGUCAUCGUUCAGCAGGUCUGUGCAGAGAUCGAGUCGAGCUUGAAACCUCAUCUGUCCACCACUACGUCACCUAAUCCGGGAUCUUCGCCAAAGACCAAUGAUGACUUCACACUAUCCCAAACUCUUUUGGCACCUAUAGCGUUACUCUCUACACAUUUUAACUAUAUGCGUGCAACGCUUCCUCCACCAAUUUUAACGUCACUUUACCGAAGGGUCGCCUCCCGGCUUGCAGAACAUCUAUUACAACGGCAAAUCCUGUAUCGUGGUAGUAUCACAGCAGCGGAAGGCAGGGCUAUCCGUGCGGAACAUGUUUUAUGGGUGGAGACGUGUCGAGCCACACUCUUACAGGCUUUUGGCGGUAGUCGGAGUCGUGUGGAAGCCCCGUGGGCGAGGUUAACGGAGGCAGGUACCCUGGUCGAUGUGGAUGGAGAAGUAAAAGAGAAAAUCGCAAAUGCUACCUUUGGCGGGAUAGACGAAGAUGAAUGGGAGGAUGUUAUAAUACAGGUUGUUGGGUCCAGUGAGUUGACCCGGGAAGAGGUGGGAAGAAUCUUAAGGAGGAGAGAAUAA